AUGGAGAUGCCAGAAAAGGACGUCAAACGCUUCGCCACGGCCGACAGUGUCGUCGCCGAUGGCCAAAACUCUUCAGACUCGCCCAGUCUUGACAGCAAACAGGAAAAGGGCCCCCUGGGUCAGGUUACUGAUAUCGAGGGCGGCACCGGCCGCCGGGCCAGUGUCCUCGAAGAUGCGAAGGAUAUCGUUGCGGAGGUCAUCGCCGUCGAUGAUGAUCCCUCAAUUAGCCCGUGGACUUUUCGCAUGCUCUUCCUCGGCGUUGGCUUUUCCAUCUUCGCUGGUGUCCUCCAGGAAAUCUUCUACUUCAAACCCCAGGUCAUCCUCGUCUCCCAGGUCUUUCUGACGGUCCUCGCCUAUCCACUCGGCCAGGCCAUGGCCUUCCUCAUCCCUCGCAGGGGCCGUAUCGGUCGUUUCCUGAACCCCGGCCCCUUCAACGGCAAGGAACACGCUGCCAUAGCCCUGAUGGCGUCUGCUGCGGGCCAGUCGGCGCUGGCCACGGAGGCGCUGGCCGCCCAGGAGCUCUAUUACGGCGGUUAUCCCAGCAGGGCGGCUGGUGUCUUCAUCACCUUGUCCUCCCAGCUGAUCGGAUACGGUAUUGGCGGUUUGCUGAGGGAUAUCAUCGUGCGUCCGACGAAGAUGUUGUACCCGAUGACUAUCCCGAUUAGCAGCUUGCUAGAGUCUCUCCAUAAGGAUCGAGCGGAGUCCAAGAAGCGAAUCAGGGUGUUUUACUAUGUCUUCUUUGCUAUGCUUCUGUGGGAGAUUGUGCCCGAGUACAUCUUCUCCGUUCUCGAGGGGUUCUCUAUCUUCUGUCUGGCCGACCAACAUAACCUCGUUUUCACCAACCUCUUCGGCGGUGCGUCGGGAAACGAGGGUCUGGGGUUCCUGUCCCUCUCCUUCGACUGGAACUACGUCGCUUCUCUCGGCUCGCCCCUGUGGUAUCCCCUGCAGGCCAUGACCAACACCUUCAUCGGCUAUCUGGGCUGCAUCAUCCUUUUCAUGGGCCUUUACUACGGCAAUGUCUGGCGAGCAAGGGACUUCCCCUUCCUCUCCCAGCUGCCGUUCUACGGAGACUCGAACUCGACGUACUACCACCAGUACAACCAGUCCCUCAUCCUAGGGCCGUCCUUCGAGAUCGACGACGUGAAGCUGAAAGAACAGGGUCUGCCGUGGCUUACCGCCACCUACUUGGCGAGCAUCAUUACCACGAACGCAGGCGUCACCGCCACCUUCGUCUACAUGCUCCUGUGGAACUGGGAUGAUAUCAAAUCCGGCUGGGAAUGGGCCGCUCCCAGCAGAAUCAAGAAGUGGCUCACGCCCUCCACGUACAAAUUCUGGGCGCAGGAAGAGCAGGCCGAAGACGAACUGCAGCGGCAGCUUAAUGACGAGAAUCUCGAUCCGCACUACCGGCUCAUGCUGCGCAACGGGUACAAGGACACCGCACAGUGGUGGUGGGCUGCCAUCCUCAUCAUCAACUUUGCCGUCGGCCUGGGGUGUCUGUAUGCGAUGAAGUCUACCCUGCCGUGGUGGGGGUUCAUCGUCAGCAACCUGCUCACGCUGCUCUUCAUGCUGUUCUUUGGGGCCCAGUACGGGCUCACGGGCUUCCAGUUUAAUGUCCAGCCAGUGUGUCAGAUGCUUGCUGGUUAUAUGUUUCCAAAGAGGCCCUUGGCUAAUUUAUAUUUCACCUGUUACACGUACAACUCGCUCCAACAGGGCCAGGUGCUGGCAAAAGACCUCCGACUGGCACAGAAUACCCACGUCUCUCCCCGGUGCACAUUCUUCGUGCAAGUCCUGGGGUGUCUGAUCGGAGCGUUGUUCAACUUUGUCAUGAUGUUGACAAUUGUCCAAGACCAAGGCCCCAUCCUGAAAUCCAUCCAAGGCACCAACAUCUGGAGCGGUGCACAAGUUCAGGCCUUCAACACCCUAGCGAUCGCCUGGAGCAUGGCCGGCGACCUCUUCUCCGUCGGCGGCCGCUACCAAUGGGUAACCCUGUCCUACCUCAUCGGCUUCGCCGUGCCACUCCCCUUCUGGAUCGCCAACCGUAUCUGGCCGCAUCGCGCGUGGUCGUACAUCAACCCAUCUAUCAUCCUGUGGUAUCUGGGUUGGCUGUGCACGGGCAUCAACGCGUCGAUUCUGUCGUAUUUUAUUCUCGGGUUCGGGGCGCAGUUUUGGCUAAGGAGGUAUCAUCCGCAUUUGUUUAACAAGUACAAUUAUAUUGUUUCUGCGGCCUUGGAUGGGGGGACGCAGAUUUGUGUUUUUAUUUUGACGUUUGCGGUUUUCGGGGAUGGUGGUUCUGUUCAUCCUUUCCCGACCUGGGCUGGGAAUCCCGAUCAGAGCGUGCAUAAUAUCGAUUACUGCAUGGUUAACCAGGCGAAUAAUGGUUGA